UGAUGAUGGAACUGAACUGAAGACCGCCAACCACGCUUGGUCUAGGGCUAAGAGGAAGAGGUGAUCCGAAGAAACAAGAGGCCGGAGACAUCAAGCCAGGUUCUAUGGUACGGUUGCCCAGAUGGCCGAUCCUUUGUCCAUAGUGGACAACAUCAUCCAACUGGUGCUCGCGAUCAAGAAAGCCGUGGAAACUGUCCGUGAGAACAAGGACGAGUGCGAUGACAUUCAGCGCCGCGUGCUCAGGAUCAAGAUUCUGCUAUCGCUGCUUAGGAAGUCGGAGAUGAUGAAGCACCAGGCGAUGAGCGAUGCCCUGGAGGACCUCGGUAGUGCUCUGUCCCGUGCCCUCGAGGUCGUCAAAUCCUGCCAGGCGAGGAACAUCCUGUGCCGGUUCUGUGCGUCCGGGAAGCAGGCCAAGAAGUUGCGCCAGGUUAGGGGUGACAUAUCCGAGACGAUGAUGGUGGCCAUCUUUGCAACCAAUGUCGUCGUCUAUGUCGAGUCAGAAAGUCAUGAUGAUAGUGACGAAGAACCUGAUCUCCUCUCCGAACAUCUACCAGCAUCUCCUCCUCUCUCCAUUGUUGUUGGCGAGGAUCGACUUUCUCCUCCGCCUGCACAUGCAGCUCCUUCUACUACUUCCAUUGUUGUUGAUGUCUCUGAUUCUGAUCUACCUCCACGUUCGCCUGAACAGCAACUAUCCCCUCCUCCUCCAACAGUUGUACCCCCUGCUUUGUCCGAACACGUAAGUCCUCAUUUACCUAAACAACAGCAACAAAAAACAAAACACCCAUCACCACCUACUUCCCCUCCUCUUUCCAGACGUAAACCUCCUUAUCCACCUACAAAACCACCACCAUCACCACCACAUCCUCCUCUUGACAAAAUAGCUCCUCUUUCGAACCAUGUACCUCCUUAUCCACCUAAACAGCCACCAUGUCCUCCUCUUUCAGAACAUCUGCCUCCUCAUCCACCUACACAGCCACCACCUCCUCCUCCUGUAAAACUAACAUCUCCUCCUACCAAACAAUUACCUUCUCAUCCAGCCACACAACCACCGGUGACACCUACUCCCCAUCCCCCUACCGCAAAAAUUGGUCCUCCUCCUUCUGAAUAUCUACAUCCUCAUCCCAUAAUCACACAAUCACUACCUCCACCACCACCACCACUUUCUCCUUCCUCUCUUCUUCAUCCUUCUAUUCCUUUCACAACAACUCCUCAUCUUCCUGCGCAUCAACAUCAUCCUCAUACAUCCACACAUCUACCCUGCAGUUCACCCACACAGAGUACAAGCGAGGUUUUGGUCCCUGCUUCUAUCUCAUCAGCUGUUUCAACUGACGAUGUUAGUGAUAAAUCUGAAGAGAAAUAUGAGAGAAAAGAAGCACCAGCAAGAAGCAGCACGGUGUCUUCUCGCUUACCAGGCUUAACAAAGUUCAGUUUGUCAAACUUGAAGGCCGCUACACAUGAAUUUUCAAAUGGGAAAAUGAUUGGAUCAAGUGACUGUACUGUCUAUGAGGGUGAAUUGCAUGAUGGAGUCAUGGUUACUAUCAAGGAAUUUCGAAACCCACCUCGAAGUCUUGUGGCACGAUGGAGUGCUGAACUUCAUCUUGCCUCGAAGCUUCAAAGUUUUAAGGAUGCGGAGGCUCGAGGGAACAACAAGCAUAUAAUCAGAGUUCUGGGAUAUGGCCAUGAGUUCUUGUGGGGGCAUGAGUCUCUUGAACCUCAUUAUUUCCUAGUCGAAGAACACUUGCCAAACGGAAACAUGGGCGACAUUAUUUAUGGGUCUCAAUCUGUUAAUUGGUCCUCCCGCUUUCUGAUAAUUCAGGGAGUAGCCCAUGGCCUACAUUACCUACAUGAGCAAAACGUUGUCCAUAUGAACGUGAAACCAGCCAACAUCCUCUUGGAUUCUGAUAUGAAUCCAAAGCUAACUGAUUUUGGAAUAGCUAGAACGUUGAAGCAACCGGUGAUUGAAGACGACAACAUAGCAGGCACAGUGGGUUAUAUGCCUCCUGAAUAUAUCUUGGAAGGUGCUUUGUCGAUGAGGUACGAUGUGUACAGCUUUGGUGUAACCCUCCUUGAGACUAUUAGUGGCAUGUGCAGAGAUGCACCUGCUCGUCACCAUGCUUCAGUUCCAUGGGCCUGGAACGUGCGAGAAAGUAAACCAAUGGAGGAUCUAUUUGACCUGUCCUUGUACAAGGAAUCUCAGCUAACAGAGAUCAAGAGGUGCUUGGAGGUAGGACUACUAUGCACUCAAUUUGCGCCGGCCGAGCGUCCUACCAUGGCGGAAGUUCUUGACAUGCUCAAUGGCAAGAAACAGUUAGCAACCCCAAAGCAGCCGGGAUACAUCAAAGGAAGGGGCACAACUGCCGAAGAGGCCAGCCAUAGUAAGGCCAGAAGCGGGAGGUAGCAACACAUACACUUGACAUGUAGCAUAAUUGAUCUAUCAUACUCAUACAGUAGUUAUUUUCCAAAAAUCUACUGUGAAGCCGUAAAUACAAUUGAUUUGCUCGUAAGAAGAAUAUAAAAAACUGCAAGCGCGUGUGCGGAAGGCGUAAGUUGCAAAUACAAUUGAUUCGCUCGUAAGAAGUUGUAAAAAAAUGCUAAUUGUAUGUCUGAACAAUGUGUAAUAAGUGCUUCGACUCUUAGGCAACAUCUACUGAUCGAUG